UGGGAGUGCCAUUGGUGGUGGUGGCUAGUCACAGGCGUGACGAGUUCCGAAAGCCUCGGAUUGGUAUUUUGGAAGUGCUUGAGACUCAUUUUGGUAAGAGCAUUUCAUCUGGCGCAUUUGUUGGUGAUGCGGCUGGACGACCAAAGGACUUUUCUGCGAGUGACCGGAAGUUCGCUAUGAAUGCGCGGUGGAGAUUCUUUAUACCAGAGGCCUUCUUUUGCGAUAAGCCCCAAAAUCUACCACCUCUUCCUUUUGAUCCGAUAGGAAUGUUUAACUCCAUAACCACGCAGUAUAUCCUGGACUUGAUAAAGCCGGAGGAGCUAUGCGAUCUCACAUCCGUUAAAGUCCUUGUUAUGAUGAUAGGAAGUCCCGCUUCUGGUAAAUCCUUCUUGUCACGGCAACUGUCGGAAAAAUACAAUCUCUACUGGAUUAAUCAGGACACUCUCAAGACCAAGCCCAGAUGUCUGAAAGCCAUCCAGGAAGCCGUAUACAACAAGAACGGAGCGGUUCUCGAUCUUCAUCCUCCAGACCGGUCAGAUGCUUCCACACAUCGCUGA